AUGUCUAAAAAAAUUCAAUGCUUCCACUUUUCUGAAUAUACCCCUGAAGACCUAAAUGAAUCAAAUCUUUGCAAAGAACAUUAUUUCAUAUUUGACACUUACCAAAAUAGAAGUGAAAUUAACCAAAACUUGUCAAAUGCCCCAUCUUCUUCCAUUCAAUUAGCUCCAAGCAACCAAAAUGAAAUUGAUUUCUCACCUGUUAUGACUCCCACAACCUUUCAAAGUAGUAAUAAUUCAUCUACCUUGCCAUCAAGAAAUCACUUCUGGAAUCCCACUCAUGAGCUUUAUAACCUUUUGAAUGAGUUUAAUAACAAAAUUUUACUUGAUUAUCCAAAAGUUCCAUGUGCUUAUUGUUCAAUUCUAUUAAUGGAAAAUUCCACUAAAUGGUCACCAUACAAUGAAGAUGAAAGAUAUCCACUAACAAGAACAUUCCCACAAGUCAAAUUAUGUGUAAGAACAAAUAGGAAAGUUUUAAGUCCAAUACCUCCUGAACUUGAAUAUGUUCCAAUGUUGCAUUGUAAAUAUUUGUCUCCAAUCUAUUUGGGUUGUUCUUUAGGACAUGAACCAGGAUCAAACAAAUAUGCAAAUUACCCACAUAUGCAAGGAUUUUUCAGUCUUUCAAGAAGCAGGCAUUUUUUGGAGUUUCUUAAUACUCAAGAACCUUGA